AUGACCGCUUAUGACGAUCCCCAUGCGCCAGAUUCACGCCCGGAGCCGCGAGCUGCGUCAGCGAGAGUGCCUGCACGUAGCGGGUACAUGGGGCAUCUGACGAGAAUAGGCAACCGGAUCUUCCAGUUGGCAGCGUCAAACUCUCAGAUCGAGGCUCACGUUCAGGCAAAUCCACGGUGGGCGGAUUGGCAGAAGAACGUUCUCAGAAAACGUCUUUUGCUCGAGAAUGUCUACCAGUGGUCUUGCGGGCGGCCAGCAGCGCUGGACGACCGGCCAGGCGACAGUGACGACGACGAGUUCAACAGCCGCGACCGGGACUUUGACAUCUCCACCAUCUCGCUCACCGGGGGCUCGAACGCCAACAGGAGCUAUGGCCAAUACGCCUAUGGACAGUCGCUGCUUGACUCAGACGAUGUGGAAGAGGGCCACGAGCUCAGGGAUCCCUAUGACGUGGACCUGGUGAAGGCGGAGCAAGAAAUCGAGACAUUGGCCCUCACCGAAAAUGCACCCACAAGUGGGGCGUCUGAGCUGCUGCCCACGCCGGCAGCUGAGGAGCCGGACAAGCCUCUGUCCAGUGACAAGCCCGAGGGUGAAGACGCUGCAGAUGAAGAGGAGGAAGGCACUGAGCAGACUGGCACUGACGAAUCCGGCUUCAAGCCGUUGCUGAUGGACGGUCCCAGCAGCCUGUUCACAUCAUCAGAGGCAGCGCAAACCGCAUGGGUGGCGUUUCAAGAGGAGCAGCAGAUGGCAGCAGCAGGUGAUGGUGGAGAGGGUAGUGCAGGAAUAGCUGAAGGGGCAGAGGAAGUGGCAGCUGAAGGGGCAGCUGAAGGGGCAGCUGAAGGAGCAGCUGAAGGAGCAGUUGAAGGGGCAGUUGAAGGGGCAGCUGCAGGGGAAGGUGAAGUGGCAGCAGUAGAAGUAUCUGUUGGAGUUGAAGAUUCAGCAUCUGAAGUUACAAGAAGCAGUGAAAGUUCUGGUUCUGCUGUAGUCCCUGAUGUGGAUGUAGCUGAGACGAGCACUGACGAAUCUUCUGGGGUUGAUACAGCAGAAAUCAUUGAAGAUUCAGGCAGUACUGGUGCUGAUGUUGCAGCAGCAAUCACUCAAGAAUCCAGUGUAGAGUCAGGAAGCACCCAGCAGGCUGUGGACGCCUUUGAGAGUUCCCCCUUAGUUGCAGCUUCCACGCCAGAGGCAACAAUUGAAGAAACUGCUGCAGUGCAAUCUGACAAUGCUCUUGGUACCAAACCAGAUGUCACAACUGGUUCACCGACAGAGGCUUCAACAGCCACACUGACUGACACCACUCUAGCUGAAAGCUCAUUUGAAUCCGCGGCCACUGACACAACAGCACCCGAAGUUCCUGUAGCAGCAGGUGGUGUAGCAGAGGGAAGCUCAGGGGAAAUUAGGGGUGCAGGGGAGACGGGUGAAGCAGAAGCAGGGCAGCAAGACACUCAGGGAGGUAGCAGUGAAGGACAGGCAGGAGCAGAAGCUGAUAGCAGUGGAGCUGCUGCUGUUGCAGCUGUAGUGUCGACAUCAGGAAAUGCACUAUUGGAGGUCCAACCAGAUUCAGCAGAUAGGAAGGCGUCUGCUGCGGAUAGUGAAUCUGUGCAAUGA